UAAGCCGUGUUCUUUAUUCUAUAUUUUAUUUCAUUUUUUUGCCAACAUUUGAAGCAAACCAAAUCCGCUCAAAUCGGCCAUUUCUGUACGGUCAGCUCCUUCUCCCUCUCCUCCACCAUCUCUAUUUCUUGCCCUACCUUUACCUUUUGUUCCUGACCCAGCAACCCAAAUUUCCUUUGCUUUCCAGUUCUUCCCUCUUUCUUUUUGCCCGCUUCUGAUUGAUUCCCUGAAUUCCCAGUAAGGAUUCCCUUUCUUUUCCCUUUUCUGCUUCCCUUUUAUUGGGUUUCUUUUGUCUCUCAACUUCUGAACUCUAUGAAGCUUUCAUUUCGAGCGUUUCCCUCUCUCUCGCUCUGUAGUUUACUUCAAUUGAUUUAGAUCUGCCUCUGCCUAGAAGAUGCGCCGUUGUUGAUGUUAUUGCGUUCGGGAAAUCUGGCUGUUAUGUGUUUUUGAUUAAUUGGAGGUUUCGACUUAGUUGCAGUUACUUGGUUGCCGUUUUCUUCUUCUGGGUUUUUAUGAAAUGGGUUUCAAUUCUGUCUUUAUUCUGGUUGUUUCUGAGCAACAUUAGUGUUUACUUCGAAUGAUUUUCAUUCUCUCUUCUUGUUCUUACAUAAAGCUAGUGAGUGCUCUGACUGAUCUGGUGUCCGUCGUCUUAAUAGCAGAAUUGGAGGUUUCUGCAGAAUCGUAAAUCAAAUUGUGGUUAAGAUCAUUGUCGGUAAUGAUUGGGCGUAAAGGGAAUGUGGGUGGCUUUUUAAAUCCGCCAUGGAUGAGGAAGAACAUAAAUUCUCAUUCAGGAAGGAUGUUCAGUGAUAGAAAAUGGAUUGUCCCAUUCUUCGCCAGUCUGCUCAUUUCAGUUACCCUGAUUCUAACAGCUGCUUUUGGGAUGUUCACUCCUUCACAGAGUGAAGAGCAACUGCCAUUUGAUGCUAUAUCGUAUGUAAAAGAGGAGGAUUCGAGCGGGUAUUUCAUCGAGCCCGAACUGAGAAGUUCAUUGGAAGAAUCGAGUGGUGUUCUGAAGAGGGAACCUCCAAGAUUGGCCUAUCUAAUUUCAGGUACCAAGGGCGAUAGUCGCAGAAUGAUGAGGACCUUGCAGGCUGUAUACCACCCUAGAAAUCAAUAUGUUCUGCACAUGGAUCUCGAGGCUCCGCCCCGUGAAAGAUUGGAGCUCACGAAUCUGGUGAAGGCUGAUUCAACAUUCAAUGAGGUAGAGAAUGUGCGUGUAAUGGCUCAGUCCAAUUUGGUUACUUAUAAAGGCCCCACAAUGAUUGCUUGCACGCUUCAAGCGAUUGCGAUUUUGUUGAGGGAGAGUCGGGAUUGGGACUGGUUUAUAAACCUUAGUGCUUCGGAUUACCCAUUGAUGACACAAGAUGAUUUGCUUCAUGUGUUCUCCAACUUGACUAGAAAUUUCAAUUUCAUUGAGCAUUCGCAGAUCGCUGGGUGGAAAUUGAGUCACAGAGCAAAACCGAUCAUCAUUGAUCCAGGUCUUUACUUAUCAAAAAAAUCAGAACUUGCUUGGACAACUCAACGACGCUCGCUUCCAACAUCCUUCAAGUUGUUUACUGGUUCGGCAUGGGUAAUGCUGACACGAUCAUUCGUCGAGUAUUGCAUAUGGGGAUGGGAUAACCUCCCUCGAACCAUCCUCAUGUAUUACACAAAUUUUCUCUCAUCUCCAGAGGGCUAUUUUCACACAGUAAUCUGCAACAACGAAGAAUUUCGUCACACGGCAGUAAGCCAUGACCUCCAUUACAUUGCUUGGGACAAUCCUCCAAAGCAGCAUCCGCUCUCUUUGACAAUGAAGGACUUCAGCAAAAUGGUCAACAGCAAUGCCCCAUUUGCUAGGAAGUUCGCCAAGGACGAUCCAGUCUUGGACAAGAUAGACAAAGAGCUACUUGGCCGAACAAGCAGAUUUUCGCCAGGGGCAUGGUGUUCUGGAAGCUCAGAAGGCGGGGCUGACCCGUGCUCGGUGCGUGGGAACGAUUCGGUGUUCUUGCCAGGCCCUGGUGCUGGCAGGUUGCAGGAGCUCCUUCACUCACUGUUGUCCGAAGAAAUUUUGAAAAAACAGUGUACAUGACAGAUAGGUAAAGUUCACAAAUACAUUUCAACAAGUGUAUAUUAAUGCAUCCAUAGGAAUACCAGGCUGAUUAAAAAUGAAGAAAUUUUGUUUUCUCGUUCAUCCAAAUUCUCAACAUUGAAUCCCAUCCCACUUUUCAUGGUUUAAA